AUGAAUUCACUUAAUCAGCCUCUAGUAGGGGAUAGUUUCUCUGUACGUGAGUCACGACACUCAUUACCAACUCGUAUUAGUUCACAUGUAGCUCGACGUCUUUCUGUUAUUGGAGUUGUAGAAGCCCCACGCCAUGGAACUAUCAUUGCAGCAAGUAUUAAUACUCUUUGUAAUGUCAUUGGGGCAGGUGUACUCUCUUUACCACUUGCCAUGUAUGAAGCCUCUGUGGCUGGAGCUGUUGUUUUAAUGGUGUAUACAGCUAUUCUUGCAGGAUUUUCAACAUUUGCUGUUGUAGUUGGAUGUGAGGCAACACAACGUUUUUCUUUUACAGAAGUUUUUGCAUUUAUUUUAUUUCCAUCCCUUACAUUUGAGGAAUACUGCGGAAAUACCUCCAAUGGAUUAUCAGAAGAUUAUAUUGAAGCUGAUAAAGGGGGAUUAGAGAUGGAAAUUCUCUUUGCACAAUAUACUCAAAAUGAGGUUUUACGCCGUAAGCGACGACGUAUAGUAACUGUAAUGGUGGAAUUAAUUGUCUUUUUAAAUAACUAUGGUGCUCUUAUUAUUUACGCACGUGUUAUUGCUGAUUCCAUACCACCUGUUGUAAAGGGAUUUCUAAAUGCAUCUGGAUUUGUUGCCACAAGAAAUUUCUGGUUAAUUAUCUCUGGUGUAGUGUUCUUUCUUCUUAGUUGUAUACGAAAUAUGGAAGAACUAAAGUGGACUUCUCUGGUUGGAUUUCUAACCAUUUUAUAUAUUGUUAUAGCCGUUGUAGCCCGUUUCUUUACAAGUCAACGAGAGAAACCGUAUCCAAAUGUGGAUCCGAAAGAACGUGGAGAAAUAAAUUGGUAUCAUGUGGGGGUAGGAAUAUUUCGUACUAUGUCUACUUAUGGUGUGGCUUUUGCAUAUCACUAUAAUGUACCAUACUUUUAUCGUGAAUUAGCUGUUCGUACCCCCAAAAAUAUGAUGAAAAGUGUUUAUAUUACUUUCCCUGUGAUUUUUAUUUGUUAUUUAUCAACAGGUAUAUUUGGUUAUCUAACGUUUGGAAAUCUUGUCUCUCAUAAAGAUGUUGGUGGUGAUAUUGUACGUAAUUAUCCAAAUGAUGAUACCGUAAUGAAUAUUGGACGUCUUGGAUUAUUUUUACACUUUGCUUGUGUAUAUCCUAUUCUCUCUGUCUGUGCGCGUAGAGGAUUACAUCGAUUAAUUAUGCAUGCAUUAACAUGGUGUGAACAUACAGAACGUAUGGAAGAAGAACGAGAAAUUAUGCAUCUUGCUUAUCAAGGAGGUGAAAAUGUUGCACCUAACAGAAGUAUAGGAACAGCUGAAACUCAUAUUGAUAGAGAUGUUGGAUCACCAGAAGAUACUACAUUUCUUGCUAUCGUUAUUGAAGCUUUUUUUAUUGUUAGUACGACUAUAGUGUUGGCUUCUUUUAUUUCAGGUAUAUCUAUGGUGAUUAACUUUUCUGGUACUUUGCUUGGUAUAUUUCUUAUGUUGACAGGUCCUGGGAUUAUCGCUUGGUUUGUAUUCUCCCGUUCACGGGUUAUGGGUUUUACCUCAUACAAAUUCACUCGAUUAUUAAUGGGUUUCUCUAUCCUGCAUAUUACAACAGGAAUUGUGUUUACAAUAGUGGGAACCGCUUUCAUAAUAAAAAGUUACGUCACGUAG